GCUUCCGUGUUGAAAGAUCUUUGUUUUAUGACAACACUCUUCUGUCCUUGAGCUUCACAGUUCAUGUUCUACCCUUUGUUUUCAUUACACUCAGCUGGACCCCUCAUCAUGUCAACACACCACACCUCACCAAAGUGGCUAAAAUAUAAAUAGCCUUCUUUGUUCCCUAAUUACAUUUUGCUGAUAAAGUCCAGCAAACCCUUUCAAAACAUGUAAUACGCCCUAAAAGCUAAAUGACUCUUUUCUAUGCAUAAUGUUUGCACUUAGAUGGUCAGACUGUUUGCUAUGUCAUAUCAGCAGAAAUUGUGCUUUGAGUUGUGUCUGUUGUCACGCCAGUUAUAAAGGCAGUUGCUCUGCUUUUUCUCUCCAGUGAUUAUUUUCUGACUGUGACCAUCUUCGACAUCAGAGAAAAUACUUUGAGACACAAAGAAGCCAUGGCAUUCCAGUCUAAUGUUGUUACCUCACAAACUACCCAGUACACAGUGACAACUGGACGUUUUUCAGACUGGAAUACAAAUGUGUGCGACUGCUGUGAAGACUGCGGCAUCUGUCUAUGUGGGGCAUUUAUCCCAUGCAUCCUUGGUUGUAAAGUGGCUCAAGAUAAUGGGGAUAGCUGCUGUCUACCUUUCCUCCCAGGUGCCAUGAUUGCUUUAAGAACAAGCAUACGCAGCAAAUACAACAUUGAGGGCUCUGUGUGUGACGACUGGGCGGUCAUGGCCUGCCUGCCUUUAUGUGGACUGUGUCAGAUGGCGCGAGAGCAGAAGAUGAGAGGAUAAACAGAUUGCUGAUUAAUUUUUAAAUAACUGUAAGAAAAAAAAGAAAAACAAAAACAUUGCAUUGUGAAUGUUAAAAAAAGAAAGGAAAAUUAAAGACAUUUAAUGUAAACGUAUCUUGUAUUACUUUAACAUUUCUUAGUAUUAUACAUCUACUUUAUAAGCUGGGAACUGUUAAUGACGUGAAGUGAAGGCAGAAAUACAGAAUGUUAAAACUAAGCUAAAUGAUCUACAAGCCUUAUAGUGUUGAAUUAACAAUAAAAAAAGACAAAUAAAAGAUAGUGACAUUUAAAACAGUACUGGUCCUUCCUUUUGCAGAAAUAGUUUUGGACAAAUAAGCAUAUAAAGGUUUAAAAACAUUAUUCAGAACUAUUUUAUUUAAUUAUGU